AUGAGUGAAAAUGAUUGUGUCCUGGUCCAACAGGAAGUUACCGUCAAAGAAACAGACGCCCAAUGUGGAGUGGGUUCCUGGAAACCAAAAUGUCUACAAAAAUUCAACAAUCCCAAAUGUUUAUUAUUUUUUCUCUGUAUGUAUGGUAUGAUAUUAAGUUUUGUUGUUAAUGGUAUAAAUAAUGUCAAUACUACCUCUCUAGAGAGAAGAUUCAAUCUCUCAAGUGCAAGGGUGGGAAUGAUAUCAAGUGCCUAUGAUAUAAGUGCAGCUGUUUUAGGACUAGGAAUUAGCUAUUUUGGUUCGGGUAAAAAUAAAGCCAAGUUUUUAGCUACAGCAGGGUUGUUUAUGGUUCUUGGUUCCUGUGUUAUGUCUAUACCUCAUUUCUCUACUGGACUGUAUGAAGCUGGUGAAAGAGUGAUCAUGCUCUGUCAUGAAGAAAAUAAUUCAACUGAAGUUUGUCGAACAGAAGAGACCCAUCUAUCCAAUUAUUUAUAUGUUUUUGUCUUGGGUCAAAUGUUACAUGGUGUUGGAGGAACCACCAUUUAUACUGUUGGAAUUUCUCUACUGGAUGACAGUGUAUCAUCUUCUAAUACACCUUUAUAUAUAGGUAUAUUAUAUUGCUGUUCUAUAUUGGGACCAGGUAUAGGUUAUAUUAUUGGUGGACAAUUCUUAGAUUUGUAUGUAGAUUUUGAUGUUAUGGACACAAGCAGUUUAAAUGUUACACCAGAGGACCCCAGAUGGGUGGGAGCAUGGUGGAUAGGUUUUCUUGUGGCAGCCAUAUUGAAUCUUAUUGUAGCCUUACCAUUAUUUCUCUUUGGUAAAGAAUUACCAUCUGCCAAACAUGUGAGAGAAACCAGAAUAUCAGAAGCCUAUGGUGCCGAGAAGUCUCAGACUAAUCCUGUCAAAAUCAAAAGAUCUUUAAAACAUUUUAUGAAAGUAGUAACCAAGUUACUAAAGAAUCCAUGUUUUGUCUUUCUGGCGUUAAGUAUGUUAACUGAGGGAGCUAUUAUAGGGGGCAGUGCAACCUUUCUACCAAAAGUCAUUGAAAUGGAAUUUCGCGUCUCAGCAUCAUUAGCUGCCAUUUAUACAGGUAUUGCUGUGGUACCAAGUGCUGCAGCUGGUCAGUUUCUGGGUGGUUUUGUGACAAGGAAAUUAAAACUAGAUAUAAGAGGAACAUUAAGAUUAUGUAUAUUGGCAAUGGUGGUGUCAUUAUUUGGAUGUUCUAUUUUAUGGAUAAGAUGUUCUACUGAAGAUAUAGCUGGUAUUAAUGCACCUUAUCCUAUCAGUCCAGAAUUUUUAAUACAAGAUGAGAGUGUCUACAUACCUGAUCUUACCAGUGAAUGUAAUAAAGACUGCCAUUGUACUACCAAUAUCUAUAAUCCAGUCUGUGAUACAGACGGCUUGUUGUAUUUUUCACCAUGUCAUGCAGGCUGUAAACAAAGAUCAGCUGUGGUCAAUUCCUCUGAUUAUACAAUGUGUAGUUGUGUGAAUUCUACAGAAGGAAUAGAAGAAGGUAGAAAUAUUGGUAGAAAUGCAGUAUGGGAUACUAAUUGUAGGAAGUCAUGUACUAUUUUAUAUGUAUUUCUCUGUUUAUUGUUUCUACUGAUCUCAUUUUGUUUCCUGCCUAUUGCUCCAGGCGAUUCCGUCCAACUUAGAUGUGUUAAUGCUGAAGAUAAAACAUUUGCUCAAGGAUUAAAAUCAUUUAUUGUUAGAUUAUUGGGUACUGUUCCAGGGCCAGUUAUAUUUGGACGUCUGUUAGAUGAUUCAUGUGUUGUAUGGAGAGAAGAAUGUGGAAGAAUAUUGUCCUGUUGGAUUUAUGAUCAUCAUUUAAUGAUUCGAAAUAUCUUUUUGCUUUUUGUGGGUACUAAAAUUCUCUCCAUUAUUUUCUGCUCUCUAGCGUUAAAGUUAUAUAAAGCACCUGCUGAUAAUCUGAACUCUCCGGAAGAGAAGGUAGAAUUAGAGACGAGAGUGACUACUUGAUAGUAAUGUGGUUUUAGAAUGCAAUAAAGCUUUGUCAAACCAAUACGGUGCUCCUCUGACAUCCUGGUACGAGCAUAGUUGUUGGAUAAUAGAUAGGAUUUGGUUAAAGGACUAACCGUGACUAUUGUGAGUUUUGAAGUCCUCAAUCAAGAUUGUCAGUCAGUCUUCCAUGAUGAUUGUUCAGAAGCAAUAGGAAUAUAUUGUGCUAAGCAAGCAGUUGAUGGGGAAUUCUUUUAGUUUGCCAAAUGUUUUUCGCUAAAUGUUUAGUUGACUAUAUUCGUUGAAACUUGAAUCUCUAUAUUUACAAUGCAGCAAGAUUUCACACUAUAUGUUACAUUAAAAUUUUUAUUUUUCUUUCAAAAAUUUUCUGCCCUGUGUGAUAUGAAUUAUUCAUGGUGACAAGUGUCUGCAUUUUUUCUCUAUUACUUUUUUACAUUACAUGAUUUUGUGAGUUAUAAAAUAUAUCUGAAAUUUG